GAGCAGACAGAUAAUUUUGGUGCAAUACAAUAACCAUUAACCAUAACCAAUAAGAAUAAAUUAAUUUGUUUCUGUUCCGACUGAUAGUGUUUUAGUAUUGAAUUUUGAUGACUAGGGAAUUUUUUGAGACAUUUAUGUCAUGUCUGUAAUGAAGAAUCGUCCGUCACAACCUUCUACUUCUACAUGACUUUGCUUUUGUUAUGUACAAAGAUUUUUUGUCUUUAGAAUAACAAAUUUUUGGACUGGAAGACUAAAAUCUACUGUCUAGUGAUUGAUUUGAUAGUGUCACAAAAGUGCGGUGAAAUUCAAGUUACUUUCUACUAUUUUUACAUUCAAAUUUAUUAUUGUUCAUAGUUUUGAAGCCUAACGCAAGAUAUUUUAAUCAGAGAUAUUUUUUUUGUGAUAUGUUAAUCAUAAUUUUGUUUUUAUUUCAAUAAUAUAGGCUUAUUCUUCAAGAUAUUAAAUGGUUGUUGACUUUUGAAAAUCAAACUUAGCCUAACUUUCCAAUAUGUUGUACUGUCCGCCGAACAUAACCAUCACCACCUUAUGGGUGGAUAAUGGCAUAUCAGAAUGUUUUAUGGCGACUCAGACUGCUGUUCUAACUGGCAUAUUCAUCAUAUUUUUUGGAUCAAUACAACUAUGGAUGUAUCGUAAAUAUGGCACUCCAGUGUCAAUGGAUUUGCUUCCAUCUUCGCCUCUCUACUACUUCCAGAUUUUCAUUACUUUUGUGUUAUGUGCUCUUGCUUUACUGAGGUUUAUUCUUCAAGUGAUAUUGUUCAAACCUGGAGUCAUUUAUGGAUACAUGAUUGUAUGGACGUCAGUCAGCAUGAUAUCAUUCAUAUUCUCCGCUGUACUGGUGUGGGUUGAACGACAUUUCCAGCUGCCAACUGUUCCAGCAAGAGGUCACGGUCUUGUUUUACUUCUAUUUUGGACGUUUCUGUUUUCCAUGGAAAACCUUACAUUUGUAAAUCUAGGGCGUCACGACUGGUGGUUUCAUCCAUCCUCGUUUUCAGAUAAAGCAGAGAUGGGGUUGUUUGUGAGCCGAUAUGUGUUGUCGUUAUUGUUGUUCGGCCUCGGCCUUCGAGCUCCAGGGGUGGUUACAACUCAAGAUUACGUCAAUCUGAACAACGCCUUCCACACUUCUCAACAAUCUCGACAGGAUGACAACACUGGCUCGACGUGGCGUACAGCAUGGCGUAGGAUGAAGACCCUGAUGCCGUUUCUUUGGCCCAAAAGGUCAGCACGUCUACAGUUACAAGUCUUGGUGUGCAUCCUUCUGCUAGUGGCAGGCCGAGUCAUCAACCUGUUUGUUCCCAUUUACAAUAAGCUCAUUGUGGACAGUAUGACUACCACCCCACUCUACUUCCGCUGGGACCUGAUAGUGACGUACGUUGGGUUCAAGUUCCUACAGGGAGGUGGUACUGGAGGAAUGGGUUUCCUCAACAACAUGAGGUCAUUCUUGUGGGUUCGCAUCCAACAGUACACUACUAGAGAGGUUGAGGUGACUUUGUUUCAACACCUGCAUGGAUUGAGUCUCCGAUGGCACUUGUCUCGUAAAACAGGAGAGGUGUUACGAGUGAUGGACAGAGGAACAGACAGUAUUACCAACCUCCUGAACUACAUACUGUUCAGCAUCAUCCCCACCCUGGUGGACAUCGCUGUGGCUGUUAUAUAUUUUGUCUCUCUAUUCAACGCUUGGUUUGGCCUCAUUGUGUUUGUCACCAUGGCACUUUAUAUUGCCGCUACCAUCAUCAUAACUGAGUGGAGGACCAAGUUCCAGCGUAGUAUGAACCUGGCAGAUAACGCAACUAAGGCUCGAUCUGUAGAUUCUUUACUCAACUUUGAGACUGUCAAGUACUACGGAGCAGAAGACUAUGAGGUUCAAGCCUACAGAAGUGCUGUCUUGGAGUACCAGAAAGAGGAGUUCAAGAGUGUAGUAUCGCUGAACCUCCUCAACUCUAUCCAAAACGUGAUUGUGUGUGGUGGUCUACUGAUCGGGUCACUGUUGUGUGUGGACUUGGUAGUCAACGAGGGAACUCUCACAGUCGGAGACUACGUGUUGUUUGCUUCCUACAUCAUACAGCUCUACGUCCCUCUCAACUGGUUUGGCACCUACUAUAGAGCUAUCCAGAAGAAUUUUGUAGACAUGGAGAACAUGUUUGAUCUGCUUAAUGAGGAGCCUGAGGUGAUAGACGCUCCUGGGGCUCCUCCCAUCGCCAUCACUGGGGGACGUGUCGAGUUCCGCAACGUCGUCUUCUCCUACGUCCCUGAGAGGUGCGUCCUGCGGAACAUCAACUUUGUCGUCCCACCUGGCAAAACAGUUGCUCUGGUUGGACCAUCAGGUAGUGGCAAGAGUACAAUUAUAAGGCUGUUGUUCCGGUUCUACGACGUGGAGCAAGGCUCCAUCUUCAUUGACGGACAAAACGUGAAGACUGUAAGACAAGACUCUCUAAGACGAGCCAUCGGAGUUGUACCACAGGACACUGUGCUGUUCAACAACACAAUCAAGUACAACAUCCAGUAUGGUAGAGUCAAUGCUCUUGAUGCUGAUGUGGUGGCUGCAGCUAAAAGUGCCGAUAUUCACAGCAGAAUAUUGUCUUUCCCUGAGGCUUACAAUACUCAGGUAGGAGAGAGGGGACUAAAGUUGAGUGGGGGAGAGAAGCAGAGAGUGGCCAUCGCCAGGACCAUACUGAAGGCACCUACCGUAGUGCUGCUUGAUGAAGCUACCAGUGCACUCGACACACAGACUGAGCGCAAUAUACAAGCGGCGCUGCAGCAGGUCUGCAAGAACAGGACAACUAUAAUUGUUGCUCAUCGGUUGUCCACAGUCAUACAUGCUGAUGAAAUACUUGUGUUAAGAGAAGGGGAAAUAGUUGAACGUGGAAGACACGAAGACCUGGUUGCGGCCGGAGGAGUUUACGCCAACAUGUGGCAGCAACAAUUGGAGAACAAUGAAGCCAACGAUGGCGACCAGGACCCUAGUCAGACACCUGCAGACGAUGAAACUGCCAGAUAACAAAAAAUGUGUUUUAGCUGUAUAUAGGUAUACUUUGUUUUAGUUUUAAUAAAAUGAACAAAUCACUCUAA